AUGUCACCUGACCCACACGCUGUUUUGUUUUGCGACACGAACGGCCGUCGCCAGGCGGCUGCUUUUGCAGACGGCAAUAAGAAGGACAUCCUUGUCAAGUCCAUGAUCGAAGAUUACGGCGCCAGUGUUUAUGGUGACUGGUACCAGCUCCCUUCAAGCGGGGCCGUCGAUGCUGUGAUUGACCAGGCAAACGAUUUGGGUGGCACAGUUUACAAUCUGCCAGUUCGAUAA